AUGGCGCUGCCCCGUUUUUCUUUGUCCAGGUUGACACAUGUUGCCUUUUCUCCCUUCAAGACCGUUUCCAGGUCACUUAAACUAGUCUCCACAGCAGAAUUUGAACCUAAGAAACCCCCUCGCUUCGACUAUCUUAGAACCGGCUACCCGUCAUGGCUCAUGUACGAUAACACCACCCACCGGUUCACCGAAAACACAAAACUAAUAAGCGUGGAGGGGAAUGUUGCAUCUGGGAAGAGCCAGGUAGCAAAAAAACUUGCGGAGUUAUUUGGGAUGAAUCUUGUACCCGAUCCUACGGACGAAGACAUAUACGUGCUUGACCAUUAUAAUCCUCCGAUUGAUAUUCGAAUGCAUAAUACAUUGCUACCAAAGGAGGCCCAGUAUUAUACAACAGAAAUGUUUUGGAACGAGGAUAACUUGAAGGAAAAUGGCAAGCCACUUUACCUCCAGUAUCAGUUCUACUUGAAUCGCUACUGGAAGUAUUUGAAGGGCAUGUGCACCCUCUUUAAUACCGGCCAGGGUUGCAUUACCGAAAGAUCCCACUUCUCUGAUGUCGCUUUCGCGGAAGCUCUUCUAAGAUGCGGAUACAUAUCCGAAUAUGCCUUCGAUUGGUUUAGUUAUCUGCAUGCAAGCACCGCGCUUCAUCUUUGGAAGCCUCAUCUAAUUGUGUAUGUCAAAGCCACAAAUAGCCAAAUCCGAGAGGCUAUCAAAAAGAGGGCUGUUAGCUGGGAAAUAAACGCCAAGAACCUGACAGACAACUUCUUCACUGAGUACACCGCAGCUCUGGAAAGUUAUCUCGAGAGAAUGUCGCGGUAUUCUCAUAUCUUCGUCCUUGCGGAAAAGCUCACGGAUAUUGACUUGGAGGGCGUUAGACUUAUUCGUGACGAUUACAUGCUUCUAGAUUGGAGAAACGGCCUGUUUAACGAGCGGUCAGCCUCUCUAAAUCGCCAAAAAUUCUCAUCGGCCACAUUGAAAUUCUCCACUGUUUUCAAAAAAUUCCCAUUGCCAUUGGAUAUGAAAGAAGGAAUCUACGGCUUCGAUUCGAAAGAACUCCAGUACUAUGUUUACAAACGGGUGAGUUCAAAAAUUCAUCACUAUGUACAUCAUAAAAUCGUCGAGUGCUUCUAUUUAUAG